UUCGGGAACGUGGGCCAGGGGCUUGCCGGCAAGAACCGGGAGCUCAUGAUGCAGUACUGGCAGCAGACCAUCAACUCCAUCGAACACGACGACCACGACUUCAAGAACCACCAGUUGCCGCUAGCACGAAUCAAGAAGGUCAUGAAAACCGACGAGGAGGUGCGCAUGAUCAGCGCCGAGGCGCCCAUUCUUUUCGCCAAAGGCUGCGACGUGUUUAUCACCGAGCUCACCAUGCGGGCGUGGAUCCACGCAGAGGAAAACAAGCGCCGCACGCUCCAGAAGCUGGACAUUGCGGCUGCCUUGACGAAGAGUGACAUGUUCGACUUCUUGAUCGACGUCGUGCCGCGC